CUUCCCGAGCCCACGGGGUCCUCGCACCCGCCAGCAACGGAGCCUCCGCUCCAGCGCACACCGGACCCAUGUUCCCCCUCUCUCUCCUUCUCAGCGCCGUCGGGGCUCUGGGUCGGGCUCGGCGACCUCUCCCGCAGGCACCCAAGGGAGGCCCCGGCCCCUGCCCGUCCCGGCGCUAGGACCUGCGCAGCGCGGCCGCCGCCUCCUCCUCCUCCUCCUUCAGCGGGGCGGGCCCGGGGCAGCGCGUCCGUCCCCGCCGCCGGCGGCUGUGGCGAAGGGAGCGGCUGUGAGUCGGCGGUUGAGUCAGCCCUGAGGCGGCAUGGAGCCCUUCCCGCCGCCCACGGAGGAGCAGGAGGAGAAAGACGAGGAGGAGGAGGAGGGCGGCUGCUUUUACCCGCAGCCGGGCGGCGGGGACGCUCCGCCCGCCUCCUGGACAAGGAGCAGAGUGAUCCUGCACCUCGACCUGGACUGCUUUUAUGCCCAAGUAGAGAUGAUCCGUAAUCCUGCCCUUAGGAACAAACCUUUAGGUGUUCAACAGAAAUCCAUCGUGGUUACCUGCAACUAUGAAGCCAGAAAACUUGGAGUUAAGAAACUGAUGUCUGUCAAGGAUGCUAAAGAGAAGUGUCCUCAGCUGGUCCUGGUUAAUGGAGAAGAUCUGACUCCUUACAGGGAAAUGUCCUACAAGGUUACAGAGCUGUUGGGGGAGUUUUGCCCACUGGUGGAAAGGCUUGGGUUUGAUGAAAAUUUUGUGGAUAUCACAGAGAUUGCAGAGAAAAGACUAAACCAGCUACAGCAGAGGGGGUGUUCCCAAAUCUGUGUGUCUGGCCAUGUCUACAACAACCAAGCCAUCAAUUUGCAGGAUCCAAGGCAUUUAAGGCUGGUUAUGGGGUCUCAGGUUGCAGAGGAGUUCAGGGAAGCCAUCUGUGCCAGGCUGGGCCUCACAGGCUGUGCUGGGGUGGCCUCUAACAAAUUACUGGCUAAAUUAGUGUCUGGGACCUUCAAACCAAACCAGCAAACCCUGCUGCUGCCUGAGAGCUGCCAGGAACUGAUGCACAGCCUGGAGCACAUCCAGAAAGUGCCUGGCAUAGGCAGCAGGACUGCCCAGGGCCUGGCAGUGCUGGGUGUCAGGGGUGUGUGUGACCUCCAGGCCUUUCCCCCUGCUCUGCUGGAGAAGGAGUUUGGGGCUUCUGUUGCUCAGAGGAUCCAGAAACUCAGCUAUGGAGAAGAUGAUUCUCCUGUCACUCCAUCAGGCCCUCCUCAGUCCUUUAGUGAUGAAGAUUCCUUUAAAAAAUGCUCUUCAGAAGCAGAAGUUCAGGAGAAGAUUGAAGAGCUGCUUCCUAAGCUCUUAGACAGAUGCUGUGGCAGUUUCCAGAGCCCCUCUCCAGACUCCUCAUGGCUUUGUGUUCUCCCAAGGAUCCAGAAGGAUGGGAGGCAGCCCCAGACAGUCAGGCUCAGCAUACGCCGCUUCUCCUCACCAGGGAAGAGACCCAACAGGGAGAGUCGUCAGUGUCCUGUUCCCCCUCACCUCAUCCACAGGUUUGGAAAAGAAAGCAGCAAGGUGCUAUCCCCAUGGGUAGCUCUCCUCAUGAAACUCUUCAGGAAGAUGGUAGCUGUAGAGCUCCCAUUUCACCUCACCCUUCUGAGCAUCUGCUUCUCCAACCUCAGAGAGCUGCCCAGCAGCAAGGAAGGCUCAAUUGCUUCCUAUCUAAAGCAGAUGGCACCAACAUCAGGCUCUGCUAAACGUGGCUGGGAUGUGGAAGCAACCUCAGGAGUUGAGGGAAGUGCUUCUUGGACCCAGGAUUGUGACAAAAUUGGAACUACAAAAAUGAGGAAGCUUUCAGAGGAAAAGCAAAGCAACAGGGAAAAAGCAGGAGUUCCUGACUUGCCAUUUUAUUUGCCUGCUGCUGCUAUUGACCAGGAAGUCUUCAAGGAACUUCCAGAAGCUAUUCAAAAAGAAAUUAUUUCUGAGAAAGCAGCAGUGAUCCCUCCUGGGAAUGUUUUGGGUGAGCCAGCAGUAGGUUUUGCAGAAGAGGGAUCCAGGAUUUUUGGGAUGCCCCUGAAUUCUGAGGGAUUAAGCAGUGACUCUGCAGGGUGCAGCAAAGCUCUCCCAUCAGCUCCUGAACCUGCAGCUCUUCUGGCACCCAGGGCCAGUUGUUCUUCUGCAUGGCCCACACUGACAAGCAGCAGGGUGGAAAAACAACCCCUGAACUCCAGAGGGAAAGUCCUGUCAGCCCUGGAAGCCAGAGAGGGACAAAGGGUUGAGGGUGUCCCUGGCUUGGAUAAAGAGGAGCAGAUCUUUGGAACAACUUUUGAGGAGAAAACUUGUAGGAGACAAACUGGGAUUGUUCUGCCUCCUGAUGUUGACACAAAGACUUUUUAUGAACUCCCUGCAGAACUGCAAGCAGAAUUGUUAGCUGAAUGGAAGAAUCAGGACCCUUUGCCCCAAAAUUCUAAGGCUAAAUCCCCUGAAAAGCCUAAAAAUAAUAAAGGAAGGAGGAAGGCAGCAUCGUGUUUAUCCCAGUCCAACAGUUUGCUCAGGUAUUUCAAACCCCAGUGAAACAGUUGUCUUAAAAUGGUAAGAAGCAGCACUGGAAGGCACUUUAGUUCUGAGGAGUUUCAUGUAAACUGGAAAGGUGUGAUUAUUAAAAGUUAUUUUGAGAGUUUUGCACAUCAGUUUCAGUGCUUUGCCAUGGGAAUGGCAAUCCCUGCUUCCUGCAGUGAAGUGGGAACUAGAGGGAUUAAAAUCCUGAGGGAUGAAGGAAAUAUUACUU